AUGCGUCGUCUGUUGUGCACUGCACUGCUCUUGCUGUGUUGUGCCUACGGGUGCAUUGCAGCUGUUGUGCAGCCGCUACCGCAGACAGGACGGGAUCUCUUGGAUGGGUUCAUCUUUUUUCCCGUUUCUCAAGCUGUGAAUGGUGAAGAGAGGUGGUACCCACUCCGUAUCGGUGUUUUUCCUGACGGGGUGAACGAUGUGUUAAAUUACUGCAAUGGUAAGAAAACUCUCACUCCGAUUUUUGGGGGACUGAGUUUUAGAGAGUCGGAUUAUAAACGGUUUUGCAAAGAGUUUCGGUUUACCAAUGAGAUGGGGAAACUUAUUGUUGAAAAGAUUCUCCCUGCAGCUGUAAAGUUGCAUACUGAUCGCCUUAGUGUCGAACGAUCGUCGUGGAAAUUGUUGGUUCCGCGGUUGUUCUCACAGUCUUUUUUUCCUGAAUGUAUAGAUGCUAUAAUUCCAGAAAAACACCAUACAGUAGGUAUUGGAAAUAUUGAUUUUGCACUCUAUGUAGGACUAAGUAAGUUCAUGACUUCUGCGGUUGUUUGUUCUGAAGAUGUGAAUAAGCGUCCGACAUCUGGUUUGAUAAGUUUUUAUCCAAAAGACAUUGUCGACACAAGACACUUUAUUCGCAUAACUGCGCAUGAGAUUGCUCAUGCUCUCGGUUUUGAACUCAAUCGUAUGAAAGAUCUUCAAAUGAUAGUGCAGAGAACAGUGAAUGGAGUGAAUGUUCCAGAGGUGCGGUCUGAGACUGUAGUUGCGAAGGUGAAGGAACAUUUUGGCUGUGAUAAUGCCACUGGCAUCUAUAUGGAGAGUGAGCACCUGCAGUUUAGCUCUCAUUUGGAGCGGAGACUUGCAAAGGAUGAGUUGAUGAGUACGUACAGUGAAGAACCAUCUGGUAUGUACUAUACAUCACUUACACUCGCAAUAUUUAAUGAUAUGAAAUUUUACAAGGCUAACUUCAGCAUGGCAGAGACAAUGAGUUGGGGAAGCAAUGCUGGAUGUGAGUUUCUUACAGGGGAAUGUAUACAAGAGAAUAUCAUUAAAUAUCCCAAUACAUUUUGUACUGAAUCCCGUGUAUCGCUGCAAUGUACAUCUGAUCGUCUUUCUCUUGGAAGGUGUACAUCGAGUAAUUUCCCUCAGGACUAUCCUGAGGAUUAUCGAAACUUUAAGAAUAACACUUUCACCUAUUUGUACGGUGAAUUGACAGAUGGAUGUCCCAUCAUAAGGACGCUUGAAGAAACAACAUGUCAGAGCGGUGAUCUGGAGUUAAUGCCUGGAAGCAUUCUGGGGAAAGAAUCACGGUGUCUACAAGGUAAUGAACUGAUACAAAAAGAAUCGGCUCAAACUUUCUUGCCCAUUGGUGACAUUUGUGCCAAUGUAAAGUGUGAGGAUGGCAAAGUUAAGGUACAAUAUAAGGGGAAUGAUAAAUGGCAUGAAUGCCCUGAUGGUGGCAAGAUUGAAAAUUUGGAAGGCUCAGAGUUCCAAAGUGGAAGCAUCUUGUGUCCCAAGUACGCGGAGAUGUGUACUGAUUUUCCCCAAAUCAGUGAACUCCGCAUUGAAAGUAAUGAAGCUGCCGAUAUUGAAAUUCUCCAAGGUUACGUUAUUGGAAGAGAUUUACAUGACAUAAGUGGUGAAGAGAAUAAAACGGCAAAUAAUAAUAACAUGAGUAAUCACACAGUAGUAGGAAAUAUCACAUGUACGGUGGGAAAUUGCAACAAACAUACAGCUGGGGAGGGUGCUAACAAGAGUAUUGUGACCUCAUAUUUUGGAGCUGUGCUACUUCUUCUCUUUAUUGCAGCUGUGAUGAUGUAA